AUGAAGGAGAAGCAGUUUAAGCUUGGUUCAGUAGCAAUUUUCGUUAAUCGAUUUGCUGAUAGCAUAUCUGUAAUAUUUGUUGCAGGAAUCAAUAAGCAGCUUUGCAGAGAGAGCAAUGAUCUUAUCAGCAACUUGCCAUUACAUUUAAUAGAGUGUAUACUAGUACGCUUACCUUAUUAUUAUGUUGUGAGGAUGAGCAUCUUAUCCAGAUAUUGGAGGUAUAAAUGGCUUAUGCUUGCUCAAGUAAUACUUGACCAAAAAUUCUUUAAUCAUGCCCUGAAGAAGUUUGCAAAGGGAAAAGCCGACAUAAAUCAGUGGCUAUUACUAUUGGAUUCUCGUAGUAGCAUCAAAAAAUUUGUUCUCAAAAACUAUAAUAAGUCUCUGUCACAAAAGCUGCCUGCUUGUUUAUGCUCUUUUGUGGGGUUGACGCAGUUGACACUAUUCAAUUGCCAUGAUCUGAAUCUGCCCCCAACAUUCAAAGGACUUCCUUGCCUUACUAGCAUGGACAUGCAUAUGUCGAGUGUACCAGUCGGAGCAUUAGAGGCAUGGAUGUUGGAAAAGCUUAUUUCCCUUUGCUCGCGAUUACAGAAACUCACAUUAUGUAUGCUCGGAAAGAUGAUUAAUUUUACAAUUUGUGCUCCGGAACUUCAAGAUUUGGUUGUGAAAGGCAUAAUGUCUAGUCUAUCCCUCAAAGCAACUAGAAAUAUAAAAAAUUUAGGAGUGGAUGCGGUACUUUUGCAGGACGCUGGAUUGACGAGAAGCAUGAGAGAAUUCUUCGGCUCCUUGCUCAGCUGUCAAAUGCUUGUUCUUCAUAAAUCUUUCUGGUAUACCAUGCGGAAUUGCAAACUCUAUUGUGAUCUUGAACCUCCUGAAAAGCUUGGAAAAGAUUUGGAAUCUUUACAAACUCUUAAACUUUUGGAAGCUUCAUCAUUUGAGAAAUGUUCAGGGAAGAGUGUACAGAACAAGGGAAACUUCAUACUUUCCUGUCUUAAAUACGUUGAAUUUGUCUUUAAGGAGGGUAUGGAGUUGAUAAAAGUUCUACUAGCAUGCUCUCCGGCUCUUGAGGAAAUGACAAUUGUGCUCAGUGAGACUUCAACUGCUGAAAAAGAGAUAGAAGUAGCAAAGGAGUUGAUGCGAUAUGACCGAGCCUCGCCAAAUGCAGAGAUUAUUCUAAAGCCCUGA